AUGCGGUUGUCGGGAUGUAAGGAGCAAUGGCGACGGUCGAGACGGAUUUGGAGGCCAGAGUAGACCUGAAUGUGACCAAACAGAAGCCGAACACAGGUUAGAAUCAAUUUCCUUCCAAUGGAGAGUUUGAAAAUGGAAACAGAGGUGACAGUGUCCUCCUCAGUGAGCGUGGUCUCCUCCUCUGCUACCCAGACUACCAUCUCUCAGGCCACCCUGGCAUCGAAGCAGAGAGACGGCCGAAAACCCACAGCCACGACUCCCCCCUUCCUCUCCAACCUGGGGAGGGCCACGCUGCGGGGGAUUCGCAAGUGUCCGCAGUGUGGCGUCUACAACGGCACCCGCGGGCUCAGCUGCAAGAACAAAGCCUGUGGGAUUUCCCUCAGAAAUGCUUCCACCAAGGCGGGCAGGAAAAGCAAGAAAUGUGGAGUGGAGGUGGUGAAAGUGAUAAUAGACAGUGAGGAGAGUGUCGGGAAAGAGGGUGCAGGAGGAGUCCUGGGUGGCGGCUCAGGUGGAGGAGUCCAGGUGUUUUCAGUGAGUCACAAAGGAAGAGGAGCCACAGCGACGCAGCUGGGCUUUGUUGAACUCGUCCCCACGGAUACGGCUAUAGCUACAGGAGACGGUGCCACCCUGCUAACUCGCAUCAACCUGGGGCGCUGCUUCUUGCCCUCAUGCAGGCAGGGUCAAAGGUCAAAUCAGGGCGAGACAGAAUCAGCGGUGGCCGGUUCAAAACAGUCCUCCGACAGCCUCUGCGUCCACAUUAAACAAGCGAUUGAGUGUCAGAGUCGCGCAACACCACUGACCUUAAAGAGCUCCGUGCUGGAGGGGCUGCAGGCCUCCAUUCAAGCCAAGGAGGAGCUGUGGAGGCUGGCCACGGAGUCUCCUGGCCCCCUGGUGCAGCGCGUGGCAAAAGACACCCUGGUGGUGAAGUGCCACACAGAUUCCCAGCAUCCUCUGGGGCUGCUGCAUCUCACCGUAGGAGCAGGUGGACUGUCGGAGGUUAAGAGCGAGGGGAAGGGCAGAGAGCAGCAGCACACGGUGUGUCACUGCGCCUGUCAGCUCAGUAGCAGGAGAGGUAAACCUGGUGCUGAUGGAGCAGGUGGAGCGUCCGCCAACUCUCUUCCUCCAGCUCCCAGCUCCCAGCCCUGCCUUCACUUCUACGCCUGUGUGUGUGCCUUUGCAAGCGACGAGAAACUGGCUACAGAGUUUGCUGCUUUCAUCAACUACACCCCAAGUGGUGUGCAGCAGAACGCCACCAGUAGGCUCUUCAGUCUCAGUGAGAAGCCUCUGCAGCAGGUCGAACCCUUCAUCUCUCACCACACAACAAAGAAGCUUCGCCUGGAUGAUUCUCUCUCUGGCAGUACGCAGGCUGUGGAUGAGCGUACGGUGACCAUGGGCUUCCAGCAGUGGCUGGCUAGCGUCACAGAGAGGAUCCACCAGACCAUGCACUACCAGUUUGAUGGGAAACCUCAGCCUCUGGUGUACCACGUCCCCCAGGAGUUCUUCAACGCUCUGCAGCAUCGCCUGUCGCUGGGCUCCAAGAAGAGGAGGCUGCCCAACUUCACAACAGCGUUUGUGAGGAAUGAUGGACUUCCUCUCGGCUCUUUCUCCAAGUACACCUGGCACAUCACCAAUCUCAUGCAGGUCAAACGCAUCUUUGACACCUCAGAGCUGCCUCUGGAGCUCUCUCAGAGCUUUGUAAAAAAUGCCGACAGCUCGUAUUCACGUUUUCACUGCCCUGAGCCUCCGCCUGAACCAGAACUACCAGAUGGAUUCAGAACAGAUCGGCCGCAGGCUAUACGACCGAUGGAGCUCCGAACCUUCCUCAAAGUUGGACCAGCGGAUCAGAAGGAUGCCAGUCCGUUUGUGAUCGAGUGGAUCCCUGACGUUCUGCCUCGCUGUCAGAUGGGGGAGCUCAGGAUCAGCUUCGAAUUUGGACACCAGCAGAGCGGCCAACAGGAGAUCUGUGACAAAACGAGUGUGGCAGAGAAAGGAGGUCCUAAUAAAUCGGACUCAACCCAACCCAAACUCACAAAGGCUGCUGAAAUCCUUCCGGUGGGUGUUUAGUGACAGUAAUCAGUGUCAAACCUGCAAUAAUCCAUUUAACCGCCUCUCUGGGUUUAAAGAUAUGGAUUAAUAUGACUCAUUGACUUAUACAGCAUCUAAUAAAUAUAUUAUUCUGCAAUGGAUAAUCAAUUUGCUUCCUCCUACUCCCUUUCGGACACAUAUGAUUUAUUAUUAAUAUGAAGACAUUUUUUGUUUUUUUGUUGAAUAUACAAAUAUUACCAUGAAUGUGGAUAAAUACUGUAUUAUUACAAUACGGUAUUCUGUUUUUCACAUUUGUUAUUUUUUAAUCUGUUCGAAAUAAAGACUGAAAGAAAGAAUUGCCAUAUGAAGGACAGUAUGAUAUUUAUCAUUAGUGUUUUCAGACAAUCUAGUCUGUUGUACACAACUCAUCAUAAUGCCUUUUAUACUGAAUGCUAAGUAUUCAUUACAUCAAACUCAAAGAAAAACAACAAAAAGGAAGAAUAUUUUGGGGAAAAUGCCUUUUUGUUGAAACACAAUAUGACACAACAACCAGAAAGAAGAAAAAUGUAUACCUUGUAUUUAAAACUAAGACAUGUUAACGAACUUGAUGAAAAUGUUUCUUCCAAUGGGAAAACACACAUUCACUAUUCCCUAACCUUUCCUAAAGGUUAACUGACCUGUAUUUGUGUUCAAGAUGUCUGUGUUUCAAUGGAAAGCAUAAAGGAAAUAAAACACGUA